UGCCUCUUCUGCACCUUCUUGCUACCCUCAUAGGAACACCUCAGACGCGAGUCAGUAUGCCCACUCGCAAGCAGGCUGCGCCACCCUCGAGUAGCAGUUCCUCAGCAGAGGAAAAGGAGACGUGUCCGAUCGUGACCCCGCAAUCCAGUCCUCAGAAGCUACUCCUACAUGAAAGUGCUCGCCUGAACAAGAGCACCGAGAUCAAUGCUGUUCGGUCACCACUUUUACGUCUUCCGGCAGAGAUCAAAGCCAUGAUAUAUACCUAUGUUUUCGAUGAGUUCGUUCUUAUCAACAAGUACCCAUGGUUUCUCAACUACCAUGUCAGCCUAAGGCCGCGUCAAUUCAGCGAUUAUGAUCGCUAUCCCUCUUCCGCCUACUGCGAACACAAUUUUCUAAGCCUGCUCCAUGUCUCUCGCCAGAUUCACCAGGAGACGGCUUUACUCCCGUACAAGCUUGCAACAUUCUAUUUCGAUACUUUGCCCCCGGAAGAGCUCGAGGAUGAUGAAGACAAUAUGUUCUCGGCUAUAAGAGUGUUCUUGGAGAAAAGAACAAGGAAACAGGUCGAAGCUCUUGCCAAGUUGGAGAUAAAUAUCUUCGAUGAUGAUGUUUCGGGCAUUGGAGAGUUGGAGUCAGGAACCGGUAUGUACUGGGUUACAGAGUUGCAUUGCGAGAUUUCUCCUGCCUAGCUGUUGGUCAAUCGUUUUUGCCGAGCAUUCCUGCCAGUGAGCAGUGAGCGUGACAGUGAAACGGGUCCCAGAAGUACGUGCUUUCGUUACUGAGGCAAUCUUGGUAGAGCGGUGCUGGUGGGCAGCUUACUUGUUAGCACUCUGCUAUCGCCAUCUGCCAGAAUACAGGAUGUGCAUGUAUCCACAGAUCCGAAACGAUUGCUCCAUCGUUCCACACUCAGCUGUGUUCACUUGAGAUUGACCCUCAUCGCCGCUCUCGCACUUUGCGUAUACAUUCGGACGUCAACAUCCAUCCCGCC